UCAGCUACAGCGCUGGAAUCAGCGCGUGCGAGAAGGGGGAGCAGUGGCAGCAGGCGUUGGCGCUGCUGAGAGAGAUGUGGGAGGUGAAAAUAGAGCCCAACGUCGUCAGCUACAGCGCUGGGAUCAGCGCGUGCGAAAAAGGCGAGCAGUGGCAGCGGGCGCUCGCGCUGCUGAGCGAGAUGUGGGAGGCAAAACUCAAGCCCGACUCAGCUACAACGCUGCGAUCAGCGCGUGCCAGAAAGGCAAACAGUGGCAGUGGCAGAGGGCUCUGUCUCUGCUAAGAGACAUCCGCCAGAUGAAACCGCACCCAGACUUGUUGAUCUAUGGUAUUGUAGCCAGCAUGUGCGAGCAUGGCGGACAACGCAGUCUGGUGCAGUCGUUGACGAGGGAGAUGUGCGGUGUGAUCGCAGCGGAAUAGCGUCAGCUACAAUGCUGGGGUCAGCGCGUGCGGGAAGUGUGAGCAGUGGCAGUGGGCGCUGGCGCUGCUGAGCGAAAUGCGGGUGGCGAAGCUGGAGCCCGACGUCAUCAGCUUCAGCGCUGGGAUCAGUGCUUGCGAGAAGGGCGACCAGUGGCAGCGGGCUUUGGCACUGCUGAGCGAGAUGUGGGAGGCGA